GAAGGGAAGAAGCAGGUUCUGAGAUGGAGCAGCCAGAGGUGGAGGCCCGGGUUGGGGUUGGGGGUGCUGUGCCCCAGGCCAAGGCAGGCUCCCCGGAGGAGGAGGGCUUCUUCAACUUGCUGAGCCACGUGCAGAGCGGCCGGAUGGAGGAGCAGCGCUGCUCCCUGCAGGCGGGGCCCAGCCCCCCCGAAAGCCAGAGUGACCCCCCGCCCCCCGAGAUGGACAGCCUCCUGGACAUGCUGGCCAGCACCCAGAGCCGCCGUCUGAAUGACCAACGGGUGACCGUCAGCAACUUGCCCGGCUUCCAGCCUCUGGGCCCCAAGGACGGUGCACAGAAACGAGCGGGGACCCUCAGUCCCCAGCCCCUCCUGGCUCCCCAGGACCCGGCGGCAUUCAGCUUCCGGAGAAACAGCAGCCCUCAGCCCCAGACACAAGCCCCUUGAGGGACUCCGAAACCAUCCUGGCUGUCCGCCUACCCCCCUCUGCACCCCGGCUGGGGAAGGUGGGGGAGCCCCAAGAGCUUUGAAUAAAAACACACAGAAAAGUGA